AUGUGGACCGGAUGGGAUUGGACUUGGUGGAGCGCUCCAUCUGGGCCCUAUUUGCCACGUGAGAGGGUCACCGCGGAGCCAGUGGUGGGUGAGGUGGUGGAGUGGAAGGACUCUUUUGGCUGGGCAAAGGCGGAUGCUCCCAUUGACCACCAUUGCUUCAAGCAAAGAGGCGGCAGGAUCUACGUCCACAAGAAGGAUGUCACGAGUGGAGCCAUCACAACGGGAUGUCGAGUGAGGUUCCAUGUGUACAAGGACACUCAAGGACUUGGCGCUGCAGAAGUGCAGGAGCCUUCGGUCAUCAUGGAAAACGCGAAGUUGCCCACCUGCGGUUUCGGGCUACUUGGGCCGUUGUUGAGCCUGUCCGACGGUGCCGUUCAAGGGCAGAUCUUGGAGGCGAACAAGAAGAAGGUCUGCGGUACUAGCAACAUCGACAACAGGGGUUGCGACAUCGAGAACACGGGCGACACCUCGAAGCUGAUCUCGGACGACCUCAUGGGUCGCGCCUUCAACGCCUCUGGCAAGCCCAUCGACAAGGGGCCCACUCUGUUGGCACGUGGCUUCUUGGGCAUCAACAGCGCGACGUUGAACCCCAAGACGGGCGUUGCCAUCGACGCCAUGAACUCAGUGGUGCCAGGAGGCGAAGCGGCGGCCUCCCGCUCCGCUGGUUCGCCCGAGCGUCGGGCAGCCUUGGACUGGGUAGCGUGAGAGCAACCAACUCCGGCCGCUGGCUGCCCAGAGGACCGCGCAGCGUGUCCUGCUGGCGCCCUCGUCGUUGAGGACUAUCGGAUCAUGGUGCUGGCGCAGGAAGGUGUCGCAGGAAGAUAUCGUAGAGAUGGCCUCUCCCGAAGAGUUGCGUGCAAAGGUCUUCAGCCUCCGGCUCGGCGCUCUCCUGCAAAAACAGG